CAACAUUCAAGAUGGACGUCAAACAGUAAUUUGUCCAAACAAUUUCGCAGAUGAAACCCCUUUCCACAAAUAUAUGACAAAUUUCAAUGUCAUUUGAUAAGAAUUAAGAAGGAUUUUAUAACUCUUUCUAGGUUUAUUUUCAAAUAAGGUGUUUCUGACGUGCAAUUCCAUUUCUAACUGUUAAAACCAAAUAUUUAUAUAUAAAUCCGUGUUAAAACCUAGACAAUGUCGUCAACACGGGAAAAAAGAGAGUUAUACGAAGCUAAGCAGAGGGCUGUGAAAUAUUACAACGAAAACGGUGUCCCAAAGAAAAUAGAAGAAAUAAUGAAUUCCAUGUUUUAUGAUAAUCCUCCAGAUGUUUAUGGUUAUUUGUCAAAGUAUUUUGAAUCUUUGGCAAAGCCACCAACAGUUUCAAAGAUUACUGCAAGACAAGCUUAUGACAGUAAAGGACAGCCAACUGUUCAGACAGAAGUCUAUGGCACAGUAAAAAAUGAAGACAAGUUGCUGUAUACCCAUGUUAGUUCCACAACCAACAGUUCCCUCCUGGAUAAUGUCAGAGUAGAAGAGAGAGAAGUGGAUGACCAACAGAGACAGGAGAACAUCAGUGCUGCUAUUAACAUAUUGAACAGUGAUAUUAACAACAGAAUUCAUGCCACAGACCCAACACAACAAGAUGAAGUUGAUAGAGUUAUCAUGAAAUUGUAUGAAGAAUUAAAAGUAAUUGAAGAUGAGAGGUUGGCAAAAGAAGCAGAAGAAAUGAUAAAAGAAGAUGGUGAAUCCUCACACAGGGAAGAUGAUAAAGCUAGUGUAGCUAGUGGGAAAAAAGGCAAAAAUUCUGCUAAUGCAAGUCCAAAGAAGAAGGGGAAGAGUCAGACUGCUGUAUAUGUUCCAGAUGAACCUAAAGAAAAGUUAAUAUGUGGUAGUAAUGCCUUCACAGCUAUCAGUCAAGCUACUUGUUGUGCAGCAGCUCAGGUCAAGCAUAUAGAUAUAUAUGAGCAUGUUGCUUGCCUUAGACAUGGUGAGAUUCCAGAAAAGUUUUCAGUACCCUUACCCAUGGUGACUAUUAUUCAAAGUGGUAGAGCUGCACCAGGAAAACUGAAUUGUGUAAAGGAGUUCAUGGUUAUUCCUAAGCAUGAUAUGCCUCUCAAAAAGAGUAUGACCUACAUUCAACAGAUAUAUAAUUAUGUUGCCAAACAGUUCUUUGCUAAAGGUGGGACAGCUACAAAGUUAGUAAAUGACAUUGGUGCCAUGUGUCCAACAUUUGACAAAGCAGAACAAGGACUAGACUUACUUCAAGAGGCUAUUACUAACUGUGGAUUAACAGUGGGAGAAGACUUCUUUAUUGGUUUAAAUUGUGCUGGACCAGAAAUGUUUGACUAUGAUCCAGUUCCCAUGGCUGGUAAAAGUGAUAAAGUAGCAAACUUCCCUGGUCAGGACAUGCACAAGGAAAAAGGAAAAUAUGAGGUUAUGGUUGGAAUUGCCAAGGUUGCUGAUGAUCUGGUGGAGUUCUGGUGUGACUUGUUAACUAGAUAUCCUUCCAUUAUAGCCAUAAUUGAUCCAAUGAGGAAACAGGAAGAAGAACAUUGGAUGAGAUUAUGUGAUAAAAUCAGUGACAGAUGUUUAGUUAUUGGUAGUCGAGCAUACCAUCGACCAGGGUUACUGAAAGACGAGGAACUAACAGAUAAUUUCAAAUCCAGUGGAAUUGCAUUUAAAUUAGAACAGUUAAAUACUGUAUCUGAUAUUCUUACUUGUGUUAAAAAAAUGGAAGAGGAUGAUAAUCAGAUAGUUAUGUCUUCAUGUCAGGGGGAGACAACUGACACCUUCCUGGCAGAUUUUGCAGUAGGUGUAAAUGCAAGAUUUAUCAAAGUUGGGGCACCAGUAAGAGGGGAGAGAACUGUGCAAAUAAACAGACUUUUGCAAAUUGAAGAACAAUUAGAAAUGAAAGACAAAUUAAAACCAUUAGAACCUAAUGCAUUUCCUCACAUAGCCCCUCCACCUCUGCCUGAACCAGAGGAAGGAGAGGGCAAUGCACAACCUGAGGAAGAAGCAAAGAAAGAUGGGAAGAAAAAGUGAAAAUUAAAUAGAUAAGACAAUAAAUUUUUCAAAGAAGAAAAUAACUGUGAUACCCAAUAUUCCGAGUUUUCAAGAUUAUUAAGAUUACUGUGCAUAUAUUGCACAUCCAGUGACUAUACAUAAAGUGAAAAAUAAGUUGAUUCUGUUUCUAUGUGAUAGAUUAUUCCAUUUUAUUGUUAUACAUUUUUUAUCAUAAAGGUGAAAAUGAA